AUAAAAUUUAAUGGUGAGAGUCAAGGUUUUGAAUUGAAAUCAGUCUUGAUUGAUGCAUGUUCGUAGUGUGAUGAUUAUCCAGCUAGGUUUGGCUUCUCUGGGAAGAGGAGUCUCUUUCUCCAUUCAACCACUCCUCCUCUCUGAGAAACUGCUCACAGAGCCUCUAUUGCCACCAUGGGCUGUGAUGUUCACUCCAUUUCCCACAAACGGGAAGACCUGGCAGCCCCAGUGAAUCUCCUUCCACAGCAACACCAAGCCCAUAUCUGGUGACCCCCGCUUCAAGACCUGGUCUAUUUGAUGUAGUUUGCUAAUAUGGUCUCUAAUCCCUCAGCAAUCUAAAAUGGACAGUGUGAGUUUCAAUGACGCUCCCACAUCGAAAUCCUGGCGAUCAACAUGCGAGGAGGACAAAAGCAAAAAAAGCACACUGAGUUGUUUCACAGCCUUGCAGGAUUUUAGCUUGGCAACCCUCAAGAUCCAAGGACCAAAGAACAGAACAACAAUGAGGGGAGAGUCGAGUCUGGAGCAAGAGAUAGAAGAUCUCAUGCAUUACCAAGCUAUAGCUGAACCUACCGGUAUCAUCUGACUCCUCUGCUACUGGCUAGCUGCUAUAGCUAUUACUAGCACAAAGAUUGAAGAAAUGGUGGCGUCUGUAGUGGUGAUAAGAAGCAUUGAUGAUCUCGUAUCCGCGGUUUGGUCACCUGAGAGAGAGACAGUCGAUACACUACACUUCCAAAUUACCAAGACGCAACUGCCUCAUCGGACGUUCCAGAGGUUUGUAGAAUUGUUUUCUCUACACGGCAGUCGAUUCGAGCAUGUCACAGCAGUCAUCUUGGACGCCGAUGUCUACUGGACUCGCACUGCAGCACGAGAUUUCAUGACACAGCUGGCCACGCUACCCCUCCAGUCCUUCACAUGGGUAUCGACUACAACCACCACAACUUCCACCACUGGCGAAAUUCCCAUUCCGCUUUUGACUAUCCUUUGUACUCAUUGUCAAGGCUUGGAACGAUUAGUACUUGAUGGAUUGCGCUUUCUGACUUCUACAGUCGAAGAACGAAUACAAGAAGACGGAACAACAAGUCACGUUUCGGAAACUCUGGUACCCUUUCAUCAAGCCCUUCGAUCCCAGUUGGCAAACUUGAAACUGUUUCAGUGUGUUCAUUGCGUCAUUACAGAACCCGGAUCGUCAGCAUCCAGCAGCAAUAAUAAUAUUCUCAUGGAUCGUCUUUGGGUAGACGAGUUGCUCAAGUCGUUGGCAUAUGUGACCAGUUUGGAAUGCAUGGACAUUCGAGUGCAAGCUACAAUCGAUGACGAUGGUGAUGCCGUUGGGGGGCGGAUUCUGUUGGGACUUUGCAAGAAAGGCGACAUUACCGAUGCUGCCGUGAACCGCUUGACUCGGCAAAUCUUGCAGGCUCAAAUCCCAUCCGGUGGGCAUGGACCCUAUCAAAGAAUGAGACUUUGGAUUGCCAAUGGUUACGGUUGCCAGGAUGAUGACGACGGCGACGAUGGCGAUGAUGAUGCCGAUGAUUAUAUGGAUCAAUCCCAACAAGGAGGAGACAGCUACAGCAACAACCAACAUCAUCCAGAACAGUUGCUCCUGGAUAUCUGCCGUGCCUUGGAAAACAAUACAUUUCUCGAAGGUCUUCGAGUUCGAGGAGGAAGCAAAGAGGAAGCUUCGCCAUCACUAAUUGUCACUUCCGCCGUCAUUGACGCGUACAAGGAACUACUCGAAUCGGGCAAGAAUUACGCGCUGACGUGUUGUGAUCUCAUGACGAUACAGGGAGAGCAAAUUGACCUAUACUGUAAGUUAAACAGCAUGGAUAGGGGCUACAUCAUGAAAGAAAUCGAUUCGAUGAAUCAACGCGACUGGGUGGAAGAUGUCUUGUUGGAUUUUGUGGACGACCUGGAUGCAUUAUACUACUGGAAUCGGCUGCAUCCUUUGUUGCUUACGCAACACAUUGUUUUGGAAUGAAUCUUCAAUCAACAGCUGUUGCCACUGUGGACGUCCAACGUGAACUGGACACCUGCUGCUUGCUGCAAAGUUGGGACAAUGCCAACCCACCUAAUGAAAAUCACAGAAUGUCAUUGGGCUGAUGUUUUGUGUAUCCAGGACUUCUACAGAGCCAUCUUUACGCUACUUGAAGCGGGUGCAAAAAAUGUGCAUUCCUUGUCUAGCAUGUUUUGAACUUCCCAGACGCGAAGGCUUCGGCAGAGAUGCAAGUCGAUUCUCCUUUGAGGUCGCCACUCACUGCAUUCAAAGCAGGAGAAACACCAGCAUCACAAGUAAGAAUGACAUAUUGCACAUACUGCCUUGACUGAGUGCAAUCCAUCCCAGGGAGACAAAGGGAGAAGCCACGUUCUGUUUCUACAGAUCGGAUUAAAUCCUCUCAGGCACUGUUUACCUUCUUCUUCUUUUUGUUUGUUUGUUGGCUUGGAGUUGUGUAGCCAUACUUGUAAUCAGUCAGUUCAGGUUGCAGCCGGUCAAAGUAUUUUCACUCCAUUCGUCCUUUUCCUUCCUGACAAGCAACUAACCGGUCCUCACGGAAAGACCACACAACGACUCUCAGAAGUCUUCUGGCUUGGGGACUGAAUCCUGCUUCUUGUUAGCGCCCUAGCUAGGCUCAUUACAGCAGGACGCUUCUUGGUUCUUUGACUCUGGUGUGGCAGUCCUUCCCAUGCUCCUCACCCAACUAUGGAUUGUGCCUAUCACUGGAUUCUUUAGCGGAACCUCUCGAGGAUGGGGUA